AUGCCGAUCGGAGCAUAUUUACAAUACUCAAGGCCAGCAAGUUCGUUAGCCAGGGCCGUCUCUGCUCUAGCACGACGCCACUCCGUCAGCUCUGCGCCCAGAUCUCGGCCAGUCUCACAUGCCGCGGCAAGAUCGAGGGCCUACAGCAUUGCCUUGGUAGGCACCGGAUACCGGGGGUAUAGAAGUCAUUUCCUCAGUCUCCUGGGUAGCCCGACCCUCUCGAUAACAGCCGUCUGUGACACCAAUGGCACGGCACUAGAAUCGUUCUCGGUCGAACACCCAGACAUUCCCACUUACAAUUCCCUGUCCUCGCUCCUGCACCACCACCGGCCCGAUUUUGCCAUCGUAUCUGUGCCCCAUUGCGCCCACUUGGAAUGCAUCUCUGCUCUCGCAGCGAAGGGUGUCCAUGUGUUGAAGGAGAAGCCGAUUGCGGAGUCGGUGGAUGAGUAUGAGUGGAUGACCGGUUUGCCGGUCAAAGUAGGAAUCACUUUUCAGAAGCGGUUCGAGCCUCACUUUCUUCAGUUUAGGAGCUUGCUCCCACUUGUGGGGGAUGUCGCCGCUGUUGACGCUAGCCUUGCUCUAAAUAUCACCAACCUUGAGGAGACAUGGCGUGCAAGCGCUGGCGUCGGAGUGACGGAAGAUCUUGGAUGCCAUAUGCUCGAUCUCCUCGUAUGGCUUCUGGGACUGCCGGCCUCUGUGAUGGCGCAGCAGGUCUCCUCCGUACGGCCGUCCCAGAGGUACGGUGGGGACGACGUCUGUGACAUUAUGAUGAACUGGGGGACCCGGAACUGCAUAGGCCACGUACGGUUGUCACGCGUCGCUCAUAAGCCUGUUUCAUCCAUCGUAGUGACCGGGACCAACGGGACCCUGAUCAUCAAUGGGCAAGCAGUCACCCACUAUGACACUCAAGGCUGCGAAACAAUAAGCUCCACGCAUCAGCCAGACGAGAAGCAGGUGAUUCACUCCAUGGUCCAGGAGUUUGGGGACUGGGUUACUGGUCGUGGACCGUCAUUUUCCACCUCGCUGGCAAACGUGCGGAAUACAGUCUCUCUCGUCGACGCUGUUAAGAUGUCUCUUGCUAGUCGUCAGCUCCAACGCCCGCUCCCACUAUCUGCGUCUUCGACCGCUGUUUGGGGUGCCAUAAACAACAGAAAUGGGCUCUCGACUAAGACUCUUACAAGUCGAGUGUCAGCAGCCACUUUAUUCACCUCUACCCAAGCCAGAAACAGAGACAGAUCUUUCCGCCUCAAUACAGGAGCAUUGAUUCCGGCUGUUGGCUUGGGCACACGCAGAGCCCAAAAACCUGGUCUGGUUUAUAGGGCUGUUCGUUCAGCAUUAAAAACCGGGUAUAGGCAUAUUGACACUGCCAUGUCUUCCGGGGUUGAGCAUGAGAUUGGGCAAGCUGUGAAGGACUCCGGGGUCUCGCGAAGUCAGGUCUGGGUCACCACAAAGCUGGACAAUAGAUGGCAUACGCGUGUCCAGGAAGCUCUGGAUAUGUCUCUAAGUGAGCUGGGUAUGGACUAUGUUGACCUCUAUCUCAUGCUGGCCGACUGGGACUUUGUUAAGACAUGGUAUGGCAAGAUAUUUCUCUCGCUUAUGGCUGGAUUCCUGUUUCUAAGCUCUACAGGGAAGAACUGCAAAAUCUUGCGGCAACCAAAGUGCGAAAUAUUGCUUCAUCCCUAUUGGCCAUCAAGAAAGCUUUUGCAGUACUGCCGCAAUCAUGAGAUCCAUUGUACAGCCUAUUCCUGCCUUGGGUCUACAGAUUCUCCGCUACUAGAAGACAAAGUUUUGCUUGAAAUAUGCAAGAGAAGGAACAAGUCACCGCAGCAGGUUCUCACUGACAAUUCAAGGAUCAUGUGGGGGCUCCAGCGCGGCACCAGUGUAGUACCCAAAACCGUCAACGCUGCUCGCAUUGAGGAAAACUUUGAUUUGAAUGGCUGGGCACUGAGUGACGAUGAAUUGGACAAAUUGAACCGAUGCACCACCCGGUUCAAGUCUUGUAAUGAUGACUGGCUGCCGGCAACAGUCUUCUCUGAAGACGGGCACUGA